ACUUGCUAACUUGGGCGUCGGCUCUCUUUCCGUGCUCUCACGUAUUCAAGCUAGGGUUUGCCUCUCUCCAGCCCCCGCCCAUCUCCGGCGACGCCCCUCCCCGCUACCCCCGGCCGGCGACGCCUCUCCCCACCGCGCGCCUGCACGCCGGCCCCGCCCCUACUCGCGCCUCCCCGCGGGUCGGCGCGUCCCCACCGGUCGACGACUCCCCGCGCCUCCUCGCGCCUCCCCGCCGGUCGGCGCCCCGGCUCCCCUCUGGCCGGCACAGCGGCUCUCCUCCGGGCGGCGGUUCAUAUGUGGCAUGAUUUGUGCAGUACACUGACUGGACAAGUAAUAUGGCCUCAAAAGCCAUUAAAAGGAAGCCUUACGCUGCUGAUAUUGAUAGAAGCGAAAAACAAAUGGAGGCAACCAUACCAGAUUCUGUGAGAGAACCUCUUCUAGGAAACAGUACUCAUGAACCCCAAUCGGAUAGAUAUGAACCUACUCUGCAGCCAGAUUUAUGGGAUGGUAAAGGACAAGAGCGCCUUGGUUGGAUUCAUCUUAUAUCAACUUUUAUUGCUCGAUCUGUAAGGAAGAUAGGAAUCGCCGUCUCUCAGUUUGGUUCAUUGCUAGCAAGGUUCUUUAGGUGGUCUUGUUCUUCCCAUGGUUCACAUAAUGAACAGGCAAUUCUAGUUGGUCUCAGUCCAAUACAGGAAGAGAGACUAAAGUUCUUAAGACAAAGACUAAAUGUGCCAUUCGACAGUUCCUCUAUGAAGCAUCAGGAUGCUCUGAAAGAACUUUGGAGACUGGCUUAUCCCAGCCGACAACUUCCUCCUCUGAAAUCAGAUCUAUGGAAGGAGAUGGGCUGGCAGAAUUCUGAUCCAGCAACUGAUUUUAGGGCAGGGGGGUUCAUGUCCUUGGAAAAUUUAAUAUAUUUUGCUAGAAACUAUCCAGAUUCCUUUCAUAGUCUGUUACACAAGGCAGAUGGUAAGAGAGCUGAAUGGGAAUAUCCCUUUGCAGUGGCUGGCGUGAACAUAUCUUAUAUGCUAGUGCAAAUGCUUGAUCUGCAAUCAGGAAAAAUGAGCACAAAAGCCAGUUCCCACUUUGUUCAACUACUUAGAGAAGACGAGAUGGCUUUUGAUAACCUUUUCUGUGUGGCUUUUGAGAUGCUUGACGCUCAGUGGCUCGCAAGACAAGCUAGUUAUAUGGAAUUCAAUGAGGUUCUAAAGUCCACACGUAUUCAGUUAGAACAGGAACUUGCAAUUGGAAGCAUUUCUAGUGUUCAGGAGAUGCCAUCAUUUAGAUUGCUAAAAAGGUAGCCCGUGUUUGUUGUUUACAGAAAGGAGUAUGUCUUACCUGUCAGUAGGAUGUUGUGCAUACUACCCAUUCUUAUUGGUUGUUCAACGUGUCACACUGUAAGAUUAUUUAUCAUAUAAUAAAAGAGAAAUUUUACUCUUUGUUCUUGAAGAAG